CCCCACGAUUCUCUCAAGACGAACAUCAUCGUCUCGUCGGCCAUUUGUUGGGCGAUCGCCGUCUUCUUCGUCGCGCUGCGCUUCUACACGAGGGGCGUCAUCAUCCCCGUGCUCGGGGCCUCCGACUGGAGCGUUCUCCUUGCUUUGAUAUUUGCUGGAGCUACCUGCGCCGCAGUAAUCGAGCAGGCCGUCCAUGGCGCCGGCCAACAUGUAUGGGACCUUGAUGCCACCGACACAGCGGACAGCAUUGGCUGGGCAAGGGCCGCCUGGUACGGCAUCCUCUUCUACAACCUGUCGCUGUGCUUCUCCAAGAUCGCCAUCCUGCUGCUCUACAUCCACCUGUUCGCCUUCAAGUGGGCGCGCCGCGCCGGGCAGGUCCUGCUGGGCAUUGUCGUCCUGACCAGCGUCUACAUGGCGCUGGUGGCCUUCACGGCGUGCAUCCCGCUGCAGUCGUAUUGGGACCCGUCCGUGCCGAAGAAGUACUGCCAGCCGCAGAGCGUGUGGUGGUCCAGCACGGGCAUGCACAUGGUGACCGACUUCCUCAUCUUCCUGCUGCCCAUGCCUGUCGUGUGGACGAUCCAUCUGCCGCGGCGGCAGAAGCUGAUUCUGUCGGUCUGCUUCAUCUCCAUCCUCCGCCUCCUCCAGCUCAUCCGCUCCCAGUCCGACCUGGACUUCACCUACGCCGCCGCCCCGCUGUCCUACCUGACCGGCGUCGAGGUCAACGGCGCCAUCGUCUGCGCCUGCGUCAUGACCCUCAAGCCGCUGCUCGCCCGGCUCUGCCCGCGCUUGUUCCUCUCCGGCGGCGCGACCGGCAGCUCGGCUUCUGCUGGUGGUGGUGGUCGGGGUGGUACCCGUGGUCGGGGUGGUGCGGGUGGUGGCGGCGGCAUGGGUGCGGGUGGGCCGCCUACGAUCGGGAGUAUCCCGUCUAAG